UGCGCGCGCGCUUCUCACGCGCUAGUCGACUGCCCGCCUCACAUCGACCGCCCGUGUUUUCGUUCCGAAUGUACUUGUGCGGACACUGUUGAAUGGAAUAGCAAAAACAAAAGACUGUGUCACAUCAACUAAGCACGAAACGUAGUGUUAUUAAGUAGUUAACAGACAGACGUCACAAUGAUACCACGGUGGCGAAAAGCGAUAUCAAGGCUGUUCCUAAUUCCUCAGCGGUAUGUCCUGGGCAUCAUGGGACUGCUGGCCGUCUGCAAUGCUUACACCAUGAGGGUCUGCUUGAACCUCGCCGUCACUCAGAUGGUCAACAACACCAAAAGCGAGGAGUCACACUACGAUCCCAAUGCUUGUCCUGAUGAAAGCGAGAUCCUGGCCAAUGCCACUAUUAGUACGAGGCCGUACGCCAUCUUCGAUUGGUCGGAAUCCACUCAGGGGCUCAUUCUCAGCGGCUUCUACUACGGGUAUGCGAUUACCCACGUCCCUGGAGGAUACUUGGCGGAGAGAUAUGGGGGUAAAUGGACAUUGGGUAUCGGGCUUCUCAGUACUGCCAUAUUUACUCUACUCACCCCCGUUGUAGUGAAGGCUGGUGGGGCAACAUGGCUGUUUAUACUUCGGGUUUUGCAGGGGAUGGGUGAGGGUCCAACAAUGCCAGCUCUAAUGAUAGUGUUAGCCCGAUGGGUGCCACCACACGAGCGGUCGCGGCAAGGCGCCCUUGUAUUUGGGGGAGCCCAGAUCGGUAACAUCUUCGGUUCCUUCAUGUCUGGGUUCCUCAUGGCCGGUGACGGCGACUGGGCCAAUGUGUUCUACUUCUUCGGCUGCUUUGGCAUUUUGUGGUUUAUCUUCUGGAGUCUUCUAUGCUACAGCACGCCAAACACUCAUCCCUACAUAUCUGACGAAGAGCUAAAGUAUCUAAAUGAGACGGUAACGAGUGCUGAUAAGCAAAGUGUGAGAGACCCAGUACCUUGGAAGGCUAUCGUGAGAUCGGUGCCUGUGUGGGCGUUGCUGUUUGCAGCUGUUGGCCACGACUGGGGCUACUACACCAUGGUCACUGAUCUCCCUAAGUACAUGACGGACGUCCUCAAGUUUAACAUCGCCACGACCGGAACGCUCACUGCCAUCCCCUACCUUGCCAUGUGGAUUAGUUCCUUCAUCUUCGGCUGGGUGUGCGACGUUUGUGUUAAGAAGAAGUGGCACAGUAUUAAAACUGGGCGGAUUAUUCAUACCACUAUUGCCGCCACUGGCCCGGCUAUAUGCAUCAUAUUGGCUUCAUACGCCGGCUGCGACCGAUUCGCCGCGGUUGCGUAUUUCAUCGCCUCCAUGGCUCUAAUGGGAGGCUUUUAUAGUGGAAUGAAGGUGAACGCUCUGGACUUGGCGCCUAACUUCGCGGGCUCAUUGACCGCCAUGAUCAACGGGACCUCUACGAUAUCAGGCAUUAUCACGCCGUAUCUAAUUGGAUUACUGACGCCCGAUUCAACACUAGCGCAGUGGCGUGUGGCGUUCUGGGUGUGUUUCGCGGUACUGGUGGGCACCAACGUGGUGUACUGCAUCUGGGCGGACGGCAAGCAGCAAUGGUGGGACGACGUGCGCCAAUACGGGUACCCAGCUGGCUGGAAACAUGGCCCUCUCACCUCCUCCAGUGAGGAUAAAGAGAAGAACAAGAAAGCAGAAGCCGAGUUAAAGAGUUCUGCGUUAUGAUGUCUUAGAUUGUGUUUAAAAAAAAUUCUUGCGGGUCUUCAUCCAUCUGCCAAUAUCCCAAAAGAAGGCACAAGAUACGCUUGCAUGUGGCAGAAAGGAUUUGGCCUUUUUUAUUUAUACAUUUUUUUAGGGGCACCAAGUGACCCCACUGCACCUGAUAGUGGAGUCCAAAUAGUGUGCUGAUGACGAGAGCUGGCCAUCUCUCGUUAGUCGUCACAAUUAUGCCGGCCUGUUUGGAUUGGAUGUUAUCAGGUUGAUCCCGGAACGCGAUACUUGUUGGCUGUUUAGGGGGGACCAUAUCAUGGUGGACAUAAAGACCAUCAGCAACCUAAGAUCCGCCGCCUGUCUGAACCUAGAUAUAUCCAGGGAGGACUUAGUCCAGGCUAAUAGACUAUCUGGUGUUGUCUUAUUCAAACCAAGGUAUUUGUGACCAGUAGCUUCUUUUAUCACUUUCGACAGGUCCACUUGGAAAUCUUUAGGGGAGGCCUAUGUUCAGCAGUGGACUUUAUGUAGCUGACGAUGAUGAUGAGCUUUUACUAUUAAGUUAACACCCGUAUGCAUACACAAUACAUAGGAGUGUUUUCUAGGAUAAAAUUCCCGCUAUAUAUUUUCCCGAGAUGGAAAGUAGGCUAUACCCUUUCCAGGGUCUCAAACAUGAUUGUUGCGUUGCUUUAACCGUUUAUCGCGCACGCAACGGAAGCACUCAAAAGGAACAAGUUUAUCCUGUUUUUGCAACAUAUUUAUAUGCUCCGCUCCUAUUACUCAUAGCGUGGUUUUAUAUAGCCUUUAGCUUUCCCCAAUAAAUAGGCUAUCCAACAGUAACAUAAUUUUUCUGUUUGAAAAGCCCAGUGGUUCCGGAGAUUAGCGCGUUCAAACAAAAAAAACUUUUCAGCUUUAUAUUGUAUUAGUAGAACUAUAGAUACAUGAAGAAAAUUAUUAUUUCGAUUUAACUUAACACGUAGAAGAGUUUUGAACUUUUAGUAUGUUCAACUACUGUUAUGACUGUACUUCUCUGUUCUACAACUUAGGAUUAUAGUCAAAACGAAACACAAAUGGACUCUGAAACGAGAGUACUUACUACCUAAAAAUUUCUUCUCAUUCAUCGUUAGGUUUUUUGCUCCAUUUGGCUAUUAAAUAAGUACAUUAUUAUAUAAGAAUGAAUAUAAUCUAGUUACCGAGUUUUGAUGUAAGGUUAUUAGUUAAGCUGAUAUGUGUGUUGAGUAUUGACCAGUGGCGAGGAGUGAUAUUUUUCGAAAGGAACCCGAUACUAUGUAAUAUGUGC